GCUGAGGGGCACACAGCACGUUGGGAAAGUAUUUUCAGAGAGGCCAAAGGACUCUACACCUGCAGCCAGCAGCUCACCGUCACAACAACACUCCUCCGCCGCCUCCACACAGCAGCCAUGGCCGAGAGACGUAUUCCUUUCACCCUGCUCCGCACCCCGAGCUGGGACCCAUUCCGUGACUGGCACCAGAGCAGCCGGAUCUUCGACCAGACCUUCGGCAUGCCGGCCCUGCCAGAGGACUUUUCCACAUUCCCCAGCACCCACUGGCCAGGGUACAUGCGGCCCUCUAUCCUGGCCCCGGACAUGAGCGCCAUGAUGCCUCACACGCCCGUGAUGCCUCACGCGCCCAUGAUGUACCCCAGCCCCGUGAUGGCCCAGCAGGCUCGUGCCCUGUCCCGUCAGAUGAGCAGCGGCAUGUCAGAGAUCAAGCAGACCCAGGACAGCUGGAAGGUGUCCCUGGACGUCAACCACUUCUCCCCUGAGGAGCUGGUGGUGAAAACCAAGGACGGAGUGGUGGAAAUCACUGGCAAACACGAGGAGAGGAAGGAUGAGCACGGUUUUGUGUCCAGGAGCUUCACCAGGAAAUACACCCUCCCCUCCUCAACUAACGUUGAGAAGGUGACCUCCUCCCUGUCUCCUGAGGGGGUGCUCACCAUCGAGGCGCCUUUGAUCAGACCGGCCAUCGAGUCCUCAGAGACCACGAUACCUGUCAACGUGGACAGCGCAGGUGGCGUGGUGAAGAAGUAGGAAGUAAAGCGGCACAGUGCUUCCCCCUCCCCCACACACACAUGCAUAUUCAAAUAAUCACUUUAUUUCUGCAGAGAGCUUGUGAGGUGUUGAGGUGAAGAAGCAGCUUAUCUCUCUCACUAAGGCAGACUUGUUCACACACCAGAGACAGAAGAACAAGGGAUUGCCCUCGCUCCUCUGCCUCUCCUCUGUCUCUGAUAAUGAGCCAACCCCAGCUGAGCGCACUGUGUAAACACAUCUGCACCAGUGCCAUAUGCCUUCUCUUUCUUCUGUAAUUACACUCUUCAUCUGAAUGUAGGAAAUCUCAGCUUAGCCCCGUUCAGUUUUCUUUCUUUCUCCCCCUCACUUACACAAACACACACACCUUGCUCCUUUCUGCUGAGCAAAUCCCCUUCAUGCCGCCUCUCCACAGACACACUACAGACAACAGCCAAGUGGACUGUAAUAACAAUGAUCUUAUAAAUGAAGGAAGGUUCCCAGGAGAACGAACACACCACCGCUGUUUGUGCAGAGCAGCGCCUGUUAGCGAUCGCACUCCGGUCUCCCUGGACUGGAAAUAGACUGAUUUCAUCUGCAUCUACAGAGAAUAAAGAACAAACAACACAA